UUGAGAAGAAAAUGCAUUUACUUCCUUGAUUAACUGAGAAACGCUUCAAAUUGAGUUAAUAAAAUUUCAUAUUGAUCACGUUUUCUCUGCUUCGGCAAGGCGUAUGAUGAAUUUUAUCCGAAUACCUCAAUUCACAGCAAAAAAUUUGGCAUCCAUUCACAACUGAAAGUCUUUUGUUUCCACAAUAAGAUUUUUUUAAUUCCAUCAAACAUUGUUGAGAAAUAAAUCAUGACGUCACAUAACGAUGACUGUUCUAGACUGAAAAAUUAUCCAGAGAAAGAAAAUUUUAAAGCCAGCCAAGGUUUGACUUUUUCUUGGAGUCAUAUAAUUGCAAGAUCUCGAAAAAGAGAUUUCGAGAAGCAUAUUUUGCAAGAUGUUUCUGGUGUUGCUUAUCCAGGCGAAUUAUUAAUUAUUAUGGGACCAAGUGGAUCGGGAAAAACAACCUUGCUAAAUUGCAUCACAAUGAGAAACCUAAAAGGACUAGAAGUUUCAGGAUCUAUUUUCAUUAACGAUCAACUUAUUGGGAAAGGAGAUAUGGCGUCAAUAUCUGCUUAUGUACAACAAGACAAUCUUUUUAUAGGAUGUUUGACUGUGAGAGAACAUCUAAUUUUCCAAGCUCUGGUGAGGAUGACAUCUAGUUAUUCGGAAAAAUUAUUGCGAGUUGAAGAAGUGCUCAGACAGUUAUCCCUGAAGGAUUGUGAGAACUGUCAAAUUGGAAUACCAGGAAUAAUAAAAGGAAUUUCCGGAGGAGAAAGAAAGAGAUUAGCACUUGCUUCAGAAUUUCUUAUAAAUCCAUUCUUGAUAUUCUUGGACGAACCGACCAAUGGUCUAGAUUCCUUUAUGUCACUAAACGUGAUUCAGAUGUUGAAAUCUGUUGCCCUAGAGGGAAGAACGGUGAUAGCAACAAUUCAUCAACCAUCGUCUGAGAUAUUUCAACUUAUCGACAAACUUUGUUUGGUAACGGAAGGCAAGAUUGCCUUCUUGGGAACUUCAUCUCAAACAAACGAUUUUUUCACGAAAUUGAAGAUUCCUUGUCCUCCAAAUUUCAAUCCAGCCGAUUAUUAUGUUCAAAUCCUUUCCGUAAUACCAGGAAAAGAAAAAGAAUGCCAACAAUCAAUUGAGAAAAUAACAGAUGCUUUUCAGACUUCAAAUUUGUCAAGAAAUAUUGAAAAUAUUCAUACAAAAAAUAUGAUAAAACCCUGGUCCAAUUCCGUGAAGAAGACGUACAAAAAUAGAUGGAAUCUUCAGUUGAAAGCAUUAUUUUGGAGGAGUUGGCUAACUGUUACAAAAAAUCCAGAAUCGACAACUAUCCCAUUGCGUAUGGUGCUUAUGGAAUCAAUCUUGAUUUUUCUAAUAUAUAAUGGUAUAUCUUUGAGUCAAGCUGGAAUAACGGAUGUUAAUGGCUUAUUUUAUUAUCUGUCGAUAACUUUGUCUUUCAACGAAGUUUUUCAAGCUAUCAAUUCUUGCUGUGGUGAAAGAGCAAUAUUCAUGAGAGAACAUAACGAUAGAUUUUAUAGAAUAGAUAUAUAUUUCUUAUCUAAAAUAAUAUGCGAAAUACCGAUGUCUAUAUUCUCUAACGUUUUUAUUACAACAGUUGCGUAUUCAACAUUUGGAUCAACCAUAAAAGUAGGAGUAAAUGAAUACAUAACAGCUCUUUCAAUUUCCUUUUUAAUUGGACAAGUUGCUCAAGGCUUGGGCUUUAUUAUUUCGUUUAUGAUCAAUCAAAUGGAAUUUGCAUCGGUUCUUGUUGAUAUAAUGGUGGUUCCACUUAUGAUUCUUGGAGGUAAAUUUUUGAAUAUUAGCUCGAUACCUUUCUAUUUGAGAUGGGUAUCUGAUUUAUCUUGGUUCAAGUACGGAUCCGAAGCUCUAAUGAUCAAUUUUUGGUCUACGGUCGAGUACAUACCAUGUGAUAAGAACUCAACCCUUUCCUAUACAUGCCUGAAUGAUGGUUUGCAAGUACUGAAUAGUUCAUCCAUCAGAAUAGACACAUUCUGGCAAUCGAUUGGAAACCUUUUUAUUCUAGCUGUAGCUUUUCGAAUGAUCGCCUUGAUCAUUCUUCUUCACAAAGUGUCGAAAUCUGAUUUGUGAAUUAUUUCAUUGUCAAAAAGAAAGUAUUAAUUUAUUUAUGUUUUUUAAAAUUAUUUAUAUUUCCUGAAUAAAGUUUGAUAAUAUUUGAUGA